UGAGCGCACAUUUGAAUAACAAAAUAUUCACAGCGAAAGGGAAAAACUGAAAGGUGCCAUGUUCUACCACCAGGUGAAAAUUACAGAAACAUGAGGACACAGUAGAGUUUUUGUGGACGUUUCUGACGGACGCUGUUUUAUCUCCCCCCGUUUGUUCACACAGCCUGGGCACCCCCCUAUGUUAGUAGCACUGUACUAUCGCACACUGAAGCACUGCUCCACGUGAGUUUUAGCCGCUGCACGAUUUAGUGAUAUUCUACACGCAGGGAACGUUUUAUUAUUUUCAUACAACGGACUUCGAUAUGCAUUCCAUCCAUAUUAUAUAGCGAUGUGUUGAUAGCAGUUUGUGUGAGUGUUUAUCCAAAACAUCGAAGUUAAAUAUUUUCUUUAUUUAUUUAUAUUUGGGACUAUAUACACACACCUAUUUGACAGCGCGCACCUGUGUCAAGGGAACUUAUCAAUAUAGCGUGUUUGAGCUUUCACAAUCGGAGGCUGAAUUUAAAACUUCCUAUUUAAUAAUUUUUGUGGAAAUAACAUGAGACAGAUGGAGAUGGCCACAUCAAGUUUGAAAACAGACACCACCAUCGCCCUCAGUCAAUCCAUGGACUCCGUCAACACCAACCCCGAGGAAGAGGUCCGUACCCUAUUUGUUAGUGGUCUACCAAUGGACGCCAAGCCCAGAGAACUGUAUCUACUAUUUAGGGCAUACAAGGGGUACGAAGGCUCCCUGUUAAAAGUCACAAAUAAAAACGGCAAAAACACGUCUCCAGUGGGAUUUGUGACAUUUAGUUCUAGAAGUGCAGCAGAGGCAGCUAAACAGGACCUACAGGGUGUAAGGUUUGAUCCUGACUUGCCACAAACCUUAAGGUUGGAGUUUGCAAAGAGCAACACAAAAGUCACAAAGCCUAAACAACAAAGUCCACAGCCAGCUGCCACCCAUCCUACACUAAUCCACCCAAUCACAGGGCAGGAACUAAGUGCAGCGUUUUUCCCAGGAGCCACUGAGACCUGGGCCCCACAUCCUCUGGCUGCCUACCCAGAACUGGCAGCCCCGACAGCAGCGCUUCACCACCACGCGGCGCUCAUACAGCACCCCGCCCUGGCUCAAGUCCCGGUACGGGAAUGGACAUUUCACACCCUCCCUCAGGAAUGGAUUCCUCAUAUUCAGAUUCACCAUCCCACGGUGGUAGCGCCCCCGCAAGCCGUGUCUGCCGCUCUGCCACAUCCUCCUAUUGCGGCCACGCCUAUACUUACUAGCCCACUCAGCACUAGUGUCAGCACAUCCGGGGCACUGCAAGUGCAGACGUCCUCACAAAGCCCGGGGUUGUCUGUAGCGGCACACACCAGCAACUCGCCCUGCUCCACACUGUUUGUGGCUAAUCUCGGACAAUUUUCGUCCGAGCAGGAACUCAAAGACCUAUUCAACAGUUUCCAGGGUUUCAGCCGGCUAAGAAUGCAUAACAAAGGCGGAUCCCCCGUAGCGUUUGUAGAAUUUCAGGAUGUGAGACAAGCUGGCGAGGCUAUGGGGCGGCUCCAGGGCUUCGUCCUUCUUUCUUCAGAUCGAGGCGGAAUCCGCAUCGAGUAUGCUAAAAAUAAAAUGGGGGAGGUGGUGAGUGGACUUUAAUGUUUCCCCGCCCACCUACCGAUAAUAUGCAAGGAAAGAAGGACGAAGCACUCGGUCAAUCCCCAGUGGGCGUGACAACGAUUUUCUCAUGAAUAUUCAUAUGGUUGUGUUUCCAUAGGAACACCUUUUUUUCUCUCUUGUCUACUUGAGGACCCUCGUCUGUGAUGAAGGAGAUGUAACAUUUUAUUUGGAGUAAAUUUUUUUUCAUUCUUUGAUAAAAAUCAACGUCUCAUAAUGUUUGAUUGAUUGUUUUUCUGUCAUUUUAUUUAUACUAUAUAUAGUAACGGAGGUUUUUUUUGGUAUAUCUGUUUAUCUCUGAGAUAUUAUACAUAUAAUUAUAUGCGUAUACAAUAUGUUUCUUGACAUUGUAGAUAAUUCAUGUUACUUAAUGUUUAUUGUAUAUUUGAUAUUAUCUAUGUAAUGAAAUUGAACGCAUAUUUAUAUAUAUGCAUAAAUUAAUAGAUUGAUGGUGAUUAGAGAGUGGAGGUCAGCUGAUGUCAACGUCACAAGAUAUGUGAUCCAAGAAUACGUCACAAAAAUACAAAUCUUGAAUACAUUUAGAACAGAACGCUCAAUAUAUACUGAAUGAAGCUAACCUAAAAAGAAACUAUUUCGAAUUCAAAAGAGAAUUGAUUUGUUAAUUUUCAGUCUCUACCAUGUCUGGUAUAGAUGAAAAAAGUUGAGGGAUUUUAGUUGAACACGUGACAUGACGUCAGCUGAUCUACUUUUGUUGGUAUUUUGACCCUCUGGGUGUGUGUGUCAGGUUUAUUAUAACGUAUUCAUUAUUUUGCUGUGAUGUAAGGUUAUUUAUUAUUGAUGUUUACAUUUUUGUCAAUUUCCCAGGGAGUUUUUAAAUCAUGUUUUCCCCUGUUCUUUCUUCGUCAGAAUCGUCAAUUUUAUUGACCUGAUGGAUUUCCUGUGAACAAAUCAUUUUCAAAAUCUGGGAACCCCAAACUGAUUUUUUUUAUCAUUUAGCUGCUAAAAGCUAAGAUAUAAAUAAAUCAUAACAUGCAUAACAAGAGCUUGAUUAGAAAGAAAAUGCAAUUUAUAAUCAUACAAAUCCAUUUUUUCACUGAAAAUUUAUAAAUUCUGAACAUAAACAAAAUUUUAGGUCAUAAAAAGUUCAACUGGACAUGUUUAAAAAUCAUCUGAAGGAAAGUAUCAGAUUUUGUAAAAAUCAAUUACCAUCAAGCAAGAAACUCGACUAAUUUGAGUAAGAGUAAGUACAGUAAAACUUAGUCAUAAGGGAAUAACUGGAACUUCUCGAAGUUUGCUUCCUUAAUUAUUGAUCAGGAAAAUUGAGGAUUAAAAUAAAUAUCAUUAAAGUAUUUUAUCAAAUGAACUAUCGUAAUGAGAGACAUCUUUUUAAGCAGAUUUACUAUAUUAUAACUGACUUCAGAUGAACAAAGUAAUAAAAACGCGUCCGUCCAUACAUCCCAGACAUAUCUUACAAUAGAGUUGUCUUUUUAUCAGCACAAAACACGGUCAUUUAAGCUAUAGAGUAUAUGGUGUAUCUUUUUUUUAAUAUUCCACUUUUGUUCCCUCAUUUUAUUUUUCAUUUUUUUAGCUUUACUGGGACUGUCAAAUAAAAAAAAUAAAUGAAAUUUUAAUCACAUCCGUUAAGGUAUUCUGCACCUGUGUUUUAAACGCAUAACUGUGUUCGAGUCGCUUGAUCUCAAAAUUACUACUUGUAAUGUUCUUAGAGAAAUAAAAUACGACAAGUAAAACAGAUUUUUGGGUCAUUAACCCCCAGUUAAUUGUUCUUCAACAGCAAUAUUGUGUAGACUGCUAAACUGCACCGAUGCACUUGUUAAAGAAAUCAAACAAGAUCACGUGAUUGUAACCCCAACCCGUGUUAAAUAGAAAUCGGCACAUCCCUUAGAAUUUUUUAAAUAAAAAAAUAAAUGACACAGUCUAGGAAAACACAUAUUUUCUUUUCUUUUUUCUGAGUUCAUCAUUCAAGGUUUCACUUACCAACGAGGUUGUACAGAAAGUUAACAUUCCAUUUUAAGCCAAUUUCCCCCUUUUACACCAUGACAUUGGAUGAACACUUCCUAAAGGGUAUAUAGAUCUAUUUCCCAGCCUUUGUUCUUACGUCACAACACUGUUGCGUCACACUACUGUUAUAACGUCACAGUACUCUGUAAGAUUUGUUCCGUUUUUUUUUCUAAAUCACACCUUCAGUAAAAAUACACCCUUUUUUAGUUGAGUUUGUCUACUGAAAUUUAUAAUCUGUGUAUUAUUUUAUUUAUGAUAAAUAAUAGUAAUUUAUUGUGUGUUUUAAAAUUACAUGUUGGUAGGCUAGAGUAAUUGAAUUCAUAUGGAGUUUUCGCAAAAAGUCGACAAAUAUGCAAAUGUUUCUAAAUUUAUGUUGUUGAUUCGUAAUAGUGCUGUAGAAUUGAUGAAUGGAAUGGGUGAUUGUUAUUAUUAUAAUGUUGUAUGUAUCUAUUUGCGUGUUGACCAAUAGGAACACUUGUUACAAAAUAAUGCUUAUUAUCAAUUUUAUAUAUAUUGCUUAUAUGAGUUUUGAUUGUCUGUCUCAUAUUAAUGUGUUACUACGAAAUCCAGUGAUUAAUCAUUGAGGAUUGACCAAUCAAAUAUAACACCUAAAUUGAUUGACCAAUCAAAUAACUUGUUUUAGAUAUGGUUGAUUUGAUUGACCAAUCAAAGGAAAGAUUAUAGACAAGGCUAAAUCUACUUCGAGCAUAAUCAUACCAUAGUUUAUAGAGGGCUAUAGUCUUGUUACACAGGGUAUAAAAUAUAGGUAUUUCUCCAUGGACAUUUCACAAUCAACUUCGACUUGCGAUCAAAUUUUCUGUUCUUUAUAAGUGUUAAAUACUCAUUACUUUUUGCAAUAUAUAUCUGUAUUAUCAGGCCAUACAAUUUUUUUUAUUGAAAGAUAGAACAAAGGGAGGUAAUAAUCGAAAUAUCAAAAAUAAGGGUUGUACCAGGGAAUUAAUUAUAUGCAGAGCCCCUUAGCAUGCAAAUUAUUCUAUGCAGUAGUUGAUACAAAGUUUUGUAUAGUAUCGGUAAAAAUAUGUGUUGAAAUUUGAAAAUUCACAGACUCUUUAGUUUCAAUUGCAAAAAAUAUGAAGGAUUUGAGGCUUUACAGGGUAACUGUCGGUAUUUCACCUUUUUGCGGUAAUCGCAAUUCAGCAAUAAGAUUUCUUAACUGUAAGAUAGAAAUUGAUUUAAAAACGAAGGGCUUUGGAAUUCGGAUAGAUUUCUUUUUUAUUUCACUACAAUGAAUUUUUUAUGUCUUUGAAAAAUGAAUUUUAUGUAAAUGGAAGUAUUAAAUACCUUGCUUCCUCCUCAAACAUUGCACUUUAAACAGUUAAUUAUAACAUACAAGAAACACUGUUCGUAUGCAAUAUUCGUUUUUACAGAUAUUUGACAUCGUGGAUAAAUAUCAGAAAUAUGUAGUGACAUUAGCUAUAGUCAAUUUCAUUCUAUUUGUGUAUGACGUCAUUGGUAGUGGGUUUUAUGUAGACUUUUUGUGUCUGAAGGACGUUAAAACUUUCAAGGUCACGCCAGGGUAGUCCUGAUGCUUUAGUCUAUUUUUAGAUAAUGAACAAAAUACAAAACGUAGCAUUUGGUCAGUUAUGUCACAACACAGUUCUGUUUCCAUGGUAACUCUUUUUUCUUUAUAGCCACAUGCAGUGCAAUGACUGUUGUUUUGCUCAAGAACUUUAUUUAAUAGAAAUGUGUUAUAACUUUAGAAAAUAUUGUAAGUGGGACAUUUUACUAAUACUUUACUUGUGGAAUCUUCGAUAGAUUAGACGAAAGGGCAUUAUAAUGCUAUCUUAACAUCGAAAUAGUCACGUUCUAUUUUCCCAUGAUGCUUUGAUUUCCCACAUUAUAUAGACAGGAAGUUUUCUAAAGUAUUAGUGUUACGCCAUUGAUGUACAUCGUAGUUUUUGGGUCACAUGACUCUAUUUAUGUAAAUUAUAUCAUACAUGUCUUUACAUGGAAUAAACGACCAACGUCA